UGAAUAACAAAGCGCGAUACCUAAUUCCUACAUGGCGGCCAUCUUGCAAUGAAAACGGAAGGAGGUAAAUUACGCUGCAAGAUCCUACAUUUCUUUGUAGUUGCAAAACCAUUUAAUGGUAGUGCAAAGUGACCUUCAAAAUCAGAAAUCAACAGAGAACUUAUUCAGCCAAGUAAAACAUUUAAAGUUAUUUGGAUCGGACGAAUUGUUUAUUUUCCCCUCGGAAGUCUUCGCCAAAUUUACGAUCGACUGAAAAUUUUGGUUGCCCUCAACAAGUAAAUUGCCAUGUAUAAACUGUAACAUUGCAAAAACAAAAUGUCAGGAUUUGAAGAAGUUGGUAUAGCCGGUAGCGAUGACCUUCGAGAAGCUUUAACAAACUGUACAAACCCAGUGGAAGCUAUCCAGAGCUUCCAGGCGGAAAAUGGAAUCCUGCUGCCAUCUCUACACUAUGCCCUUCCUCUCCUAGAUCUCCAUGGAAUUAACCGUUUAGAAUUCCACCAAUCUAUUAUGGAAGAACUUGGAGAGAAAUUGAUAAGCCGGCUACAGGAGCUUGCCAGUAGCGAUGAUAAGGAUCGGUACAAGAAGAUCGAAGACUUGUUAGCAAAGAGUUUCCCGUUAAUCUCCAUAUCAUCGGUGCAACCAGUUGUCAUGGCUAUGAUGAAACAUCUACCGGAAGUUCCGGAGAAGUACUUAAAUACUCUUGUUGAGAAAAAAGACUUGUACGAAGCUGCGGCAACAGAAGUAAAAAGACAGAUAUGGCAAGAAAAUUCAUCAUUGUUUGGAGACGAGGUUUCACCAUUGUUGGCAGAGUACAUAUCUGGCAAAGAGAAGAGUUUAUUUGGCUAUGAGCCAGGCAAUUCACAAAUGUUUUUUGUCAUUCCACCGAAGACACGGCGCCAAGGUCAUGUAAUACAGACACUAACGAGCAUGGUCGGUAAAAAUGUGAAACUAUACGACAGAGUGCUUCAGUUUCUAAGGACGUUAUUUCUAAGGACAAGGAACGUACACUACUGCACGUUACGGGCAGAGUUGCUGAUGUCACUUCAUGACCUAGAGGUUCACGAGAUCACCUCACUUGACCCAUGCCACAGGUUUACAUGGUGCUUAGAUGCAUGCAUAAGGGAGAAAUUUGUAGAUGAGAAACGAGCACUGGAGUUACAGAUAUUCCUGGAUGGAAUCAGAAGAGGACAGGAAACUGUUCUUGGGGAUCUGUCCAUGAUUCUUUGUGAUCCAUACGCUAUACACACAUUAGCCAACAGUACCAUUCGCACUAUGUUCUCCUCAAUACAGAGUGAGACAAUACCUAGAGGGAGCCAAAACCUGCUGCUUCUGAUGAGAAUGUUAACACUAGGAGUGAAGGCAUGGAACAUGAUUGACAGUCAGGUGUUUAAGGAACCUAAAGUGGAGCAAGAUCUCAUUUUGAAAUUUCUACCAUGUUUGAUGUCCCUUAUUGUGGACGAUCAAACAAGAUCCUUCAAUAAAAAACUUAACGAGACUGAAACAGACCCGAACCUCAAACUCCUCCCGGAUGUCAUCAAGAAGACUACAAAAAAGGACCGUGUAGCAGCAACCGUGUGUCUCUACUACGUACAGUAUAUCGCGAGACAAAAGAACCGAGACGCAUUAAUGCGUAUUCUUCCAUACCUGAUUCUGUUUGACGGCGGUUGUGCCUAUCAAGAUACAUUCCUUCAUGCCUUUGUUGCUAAAAUCAUUCCAAUGGUGGACGAGUUUGGUUCGGAAGAUUUCAGCACAACUGUGUUUGAUAAAUUUCUGAUGAAGAAAAAGAACCAUGAGAAUGUUAGCCGGCAUGUGAUGCGGUUGCUAACAUACACGCACCACAAACUUCCACAGACAAAACUGGAAAAGAUUAUGAAAGACUUGGAACCACUUCCAAAGAGUGGACAGAUUACCAAAGAUAUGUAUGCAGCCUUGGAAGAGAAGAUCAGUUCUUACAAUCCAAGCCCAGUGGACCAGCCUGAACCACUUGACUCACCCCUGUUAAGUGUGCCAACACCCGCACCACUCUGACUCAGCUAGCCUCGAAUAAUGGACAACGUCACCUUUAUGAAUCUCUUCUGUACUGGAAUAGGGUAGUUGUGUAGAUCAUCAGAUAUACACAUUAUUAUUAUUAUUUUAUUAUUAUUAUUAUUAAUUAUUAUUAUUAUUGUUAUUAUUAUUCUUAUUAUUAUUAUGUUACUAAAACUUUCGGGGGAAAUUAACAAAAGAUAUUCCGCAAGUCCGACUUAGCUAAAGCCCUGUCCAGACUAUAAAAUUUUAUUUGAUAAAAAUACAUGACAUGUCUAAAUAUGGUCAUGAUGACAUCACAUUAUGACCAUAUAUAGGCACAUGAUGACUUUAUAUGGGCAGGCAACAGUUUUUUGUCAAAGAAAAUUUGAUACUGUGGACAAAGCUGAAGUUUGAUCAAAUAUUUUUGACAAACGUAUAGUAGACAAAGUAUCUGUUUUGUUGAACCAGUUAGUUGCUUUAGCAGUAACUGCUUUCAGUCACAUUCUUCAGGCUGAUGAACCCUUGGUUGAAUGGGGUCAUUCAUGCUACGGUUAGUAAGCGUAGAAUAGAUGUUUAAAUAUCGAAACAAUUGACUUUAAAUAGAGUUAUUUCAGAAAACUGGGAAUACACUCCUUUCCUCCUCCCCGUUUUCAGGGGUGGAUCCACAGAUGUCCGAAAGAGGAGCCGAGAGUGGGGCCAAUCGAGAUGAUACUACCUUAGGUGGUCCAAGGGCAUGCCCUGCGAAAAUUUAGUUUUCUAGACACCCGAAAUAACCUCUGAGGUGUUUUGGGUGAUAAAUUUUUUUUUUUUCCUUUUUUUUUAUUCUCCAAAAUGGGGUGGGGGGUUCCAAGGCCGGCCCGGCCCCACUCUAAAUCCGCCCCUGGUUUUAUACUAAAUGUUCUAUUGAAGUUUUUUUUUCUGUCCAUGACAAUCAUUCAUCUAACCAUGGAUCCUAUUGGGCUUAUAUUGCAUUCCAUGUUGUAAAUUAUUUCUGUGAAUCCAGAAGUCUGUUGGUUUUGCAUGCCUGUGUAGUGUACAUAUGUUAGGUGAGACUUUUAUACACCUUGUUUCUCGAAACCUGUUGCCCGCUGACAAUGAUGAUUCUAGUAAAAAUCCGCCACCAUAAAAUGAUCGAAAGUUCACUGGAAAAAAAAAAAAAUUUUUAUCACACCCAUAGAUUUUCAAACAAGUGCGCCCUCUUACUAUUCUACUUUCUCACAUUUUUUUUUAUAUGUCAAUAGGAUUUUACUUUUAUUUUUUUCUUUACCUGCAGGGUUUUUACAGUACCAUUUUCCUAAUGUGAAAUCAACAUUUAUUUUUCUACCUUUCUCAGAAAAUCUUACAUUAAAGGUAUAAUAAACUACUAUCGUCCCUCUAGCAAUGAAUAUUUUUAGACCUUUCCAAUACAGGCUAUACAAAUGUGUGUAUAUGAUGGCCAUCCUCAUAAAAAAAACAAUUUGACUUAAUUCUCCUGUUUAAAAUAAAACCUAGACAUUAAACAAGUAUUUUUAAUGGCCUUAACUGUUUGAGUGCAGAAAACAUUUGUUCUGGCAUAUAUUCAAAAGGUUGUUUACAAUUUUUAAUCAUGGUACUGUAUUAAUAAUAGCCUACCUUUAUAUGUGUAGAUUAAUAGAAUAAGUAGUUCCAUGCUGUAUAUAUUGUUUUAUAUUUAAACUAAAGGUGCGAUGUUACACUUGUAACAAUUUAUGUAAAAAAGUAAACCAAUCUGUGUAUGUGUAUUUUUAACUUUUUUUUUAAGUUUUUCAUUUUAUAAUCCUAUUUUUAUCUCUCUCAUUUGGUUUUAAUUGAGUUUUUUCCUCUGUUUUUUAUCCAUUUAGCCUAAAUUAUAUUGGAUAGUGCAGUGCAUAUUGCCAACACCCUAAAUUUGUUUCACAUCAGUUUGUCAUUGAAUCAAACACCUAUGGGACAGAUACACAACUCUCCCUGAAUGAGUAUUCCAUAACCUAGGAAUCAGCACAUUGCCAUUUGAACCUAUUGUGUAUUCAUUUAUUUUAAAAACCUCUAAUGUUAUGAGCAGUUUGACACAGUGGUUGUGCUUUUGCUUCUCAAUCAUAUGUGCUUGAUCCAAUGUCUCUACAAUAUGCACUCUAUAAGUCAACAAUUAUUGUUAUUAUUAUAUU